AUGGAGCCGACACGAGACGAGCUGGAAUAUCUCUUCAAAGGAACAGUUAGAGACGUAGGGAGGAAGACCAACCAGUCAUUACGCGAAAACCAGAGUGAUAUGAUGGCGCUCAAAGAAGUCAACGACACAGAUAAGGAACGCAUCGAUCUCGAGGAUUCUACCAGACAGCAGACGGGGGACAAUACGAAGACGACGGUUCCAUCCAUCAAUCUAAUCUACUUUGCCCAAGUGGCCAAUGUCGUUGGCUCAGGAGCUUUAACACGGGAUAUUGCAGCCACGGUAGGCGACUCCUCCGAUUCAGUUUGGUACACGCAGACCCUCGCAAUCUUCACAGCCAUACUUGGCAUUCCCGUCAGCCAAGCUGCCGACCUCUGGGGCCGCAAGAUAUUUCUCGUCAUAUUGACCACCUGUGGUUUUAUCGGUUCUCUCAUCAUAGCCGGUGCCAAUUCCCCAUGUUUAACUAUCACUGGUUUUGCCGUGACAGGUGUAUCUUACGGUGCUCAGCCUCUGCUCCAUGCAAUUGUGUCAGAGGUCUUUGCGAGAAAAUAUCGUCCUUGGGCACAGUCUAGCGUAAAUGUUGCUGCGUCGUUGGGAGCGAUCAUGGGGUUCUUCCAUGAGAAGUUGCGUCGCUUGGAUUGGCUUGGAUAUGGCUUCUUGAUACCUGCCCUUGUCCUCUUUUGCAUGUCCCUCACAUGGAUUCAGAAUCCGUACUCUUGGACUGACGCGCAUGUCUCGGUUACAUUUACAACCAGCUUGUGCUUUACUGUCGGAUUAGUUGCCUACGAAACGAUGGUGAAGAGAGAUGUUAGUAUGUUCUUCUCACAAGACAGCCUGAUAACUGGCGCACAUUACUCCGUUGCCUUUGCGGCUCUUGGCAUAUCCGCCAUUCUCUCUGGUCUCUGGUGCUCAAAGACGAAAGCUGUGCGCAUACCUACCAUCGCCGCCUUUUCUUCUUUUGUGGUCUUCAAUAUCUUGAUGGCAACCAUGUCUAAAGAAACAACCAGCAGUCAGAUAUGGACCUUUCCCAUCUUUCUAGGGCUUGGAUUGGGUAUAUGUCUGCCAUCACUCGUCACAGCAGCCCAUUUCGCAACCCCCCAAGAAUUGGUCGCCAUCACUUCGGGUCUCAUGAUCUCUUUGAGAAGUUUGGGAGGUUCCGUUGGUCUUGCUGUUUACAGUGCCGUCUUUCAUCACGGGUUCUCAUCUAGCCUGGGCCCUCAAAUUGCUGGCGCAGUUUUGCCACUCGGAUUCCCAAACAAAGAACUGCCUCAACUUAUCUCUGCAUUCGUCAGUAACAACGAAACGGCGAUAAAACUAAUCGAUGGAAUUUCACCUGAAAUUAUAGAAGCUGGUCAUGAAGGUCUUCUCGAAGCAUACAGGGUUGGCUUUCGAGGUGUCUGGGUAACUACAGCUUCUAUAUCAUUUGUUGCAAUCAUUGCCGCAUCAUUCCUCCGCAAUCCAACAGAUAACUUUACCGCAGAAGUUGAUGCACCCAUUGUUAUAGUUACUGAGGCUCAGGAAGAGAUGCAAGGGUCAACAGUCACUCUAGCCAGAAUGUCAUAA